CCACGACAUCGAGCCAGUCACGACAACCAACAUGUCCUUCUUCGGCUUUGAUGCCACCCUGCCCGAAAGGCGACGGGGUCUCGAUGACGACCUGGACGCCUUUGGCGACAAGGCCGGAGCCGAAGACAUCGCCGUCUACACCUGGGGGACCGAGGAUUACGAUGGACUAGGGGAUCAGUUGCAGGAGCAAGGAGAUGAUGCCAAUGACAUGACCUUUGGAGGCGGUGAUAUUGGCACCGACUUCAAGUUUGCUCAGCAGACCGCCCAAUACGCUGGGAUGGACAGCCGAGGAUACCAACAGAAUCAAGCUCCCACUUCGUAUGGAUCCAAGUCGAAACUCAAGCCUACCAAGCCUGCGUCGGAUCUGUUUGCCAGUACCGAAGCCGACUUUUUCGGUGCGCCCAAGAAGUCCUCUCGUCUUCGUCAAAAGGAAACCUCUAGCAGGAACGUCCCUACGACAUCGUCUUUCCACUCGAGCGGAAACUCGACCCCGACGAACAGCACCUUGAACGUCAUUGCUCAACAGGCUACGAACCCGGCUCCUGCGUACAAGACCCUGGAGGAGAUCGAAGUGGAAGCCAGGGCCGCAUAUGCUCGUCCCAACUCUGGCUUUACGGCCUCUGGUGUCAACCAGGGCUCUUACAGUAUGCAAGCCCCUGCCAGCGCCGGACAGCCCGGAGACAGGCCGAUGACGUUGGAAGAGAUUGAGAGGGAGAUGAUGAGCAACUUGACCAAGUCGGCUUCGCCCGCUCCCGUCCCCGCCACCUCGGCCAGGCAGAUGCAACAGCCUCAACACGAGAUGCCAUCUGGCUUGCCUCAAGGCUAUACUCAGCAUCUCUACCAGGGUCAACCUCAGGCCCAAAUUCAGAGCCCGAUCGUCCCCCCCGCCAACGUUCAGCAACAAGCUCGACCCCCCGCGUCCGAUCUGACCGGGAUCGAACUGCUGCAAAAGCAACUCGGAAACCUUGCCAUGUUCCCCCCGCUGGGAUCAGCUGCUCCAGCCAAAGGACAGCCCAAGAGCGAAGAGCAAAUGGACAGGGAGCUCGAGGCGAGGAUCAGGGAGACCGAGAUGGCCGAGAUGAAGAGGAUGAGGAAGGCCAACAAGAUCGCUAGCAUGUCGAGGUACAACGACGUCAUGACCGGAGGCGACAAGGAAUUCAUCACCCGAAUUCAGCUGUCGCAGCUCGUCACCCAAGACCCGUACACAUCCGAUUUCUACGCCCAAGUUCACAGCGCCAUCACUCGAGCCCGUCUCGCUGCCGUUGGCCAACCCGUCGGACGAGGACCUGCGGACGGCCCGACCGUCUUGCAAGUCGGACCCGAUGGACGAGGUCUGGGUGUCGGUGUCGUUAGGAGCACUGGUGGACCCAAGAGAUUGAAGGAGACUGCAAUGCAGAGGAUGACGGUGCAGGUCAAGAGGAUCGUCGAGAACGCUCAGAAGCGUGCUACGGCCGCUCCUUCUGCGACCCUUCAGGGAGCCCUCGGAAAGAACAAGUUUAGGUCAUCGGCUACCGCACCCCGUCCCACGCUUGCUGUAUCCGCCUCGUCCAAGAACCUGCAAUCCUCGACCGCCUCGACCAUCGCCAACCUGCUUCAGGGAUCGGGAGGCUCGACUCGACCCAACGGCGACCGCAAGCAGCCCCUGACCGAGAAACAAGUCUUGUUCAGGUUGGAACAGCUUUACGAGUUGAUCCUCGAUCUCGAGCAGAUGCGACGAGACCAGCCUCCUCCCGCCCCGACGGAAGCGCAAAAGGUCCACUUUGGCAUGACCGACGAAGAGGCCGAGGAGAAGAGGAUUCAGGCGGAGCAGUGGUCCAGCCAGUAUGAAGGCGCCGUCGAGGCAAUGUGGCAAGCUUUGCUCGUGCAAGAGCCUCUCGAAGUCAGCGACCCUCACCCCUUCAUCUCCCUGUUGAGCGUUCAAAAGGGGCACAAGCUCUUUGGCCGACUCAUCCGGCACUUGUCCCACCAACAAUGCUUGACCGUCCUCAUCCUCUUGCUCGCCUGUUUCCCUCAACUCGAUGUCGUCCGAAACGCUCCUAUGCCGACGUUGGCCAGCUCGAGCAUGCUCGGACCGUAUGAACGGGCCAAUCACAAGCGGUCCGAGGCGAGGACCGAGACGUUCUUGUCUUCGGUUAUUCCCGUCGUCGUCCAGCUCGUCGGAAGGCUCGAGCUGAAGAUGGUUGCGGGGAUGGUCUCGUUGUGCAGUGAGAGAUGGGAAGUUGCCAAGGUCUUGGCCACCAGGCCCGGUGUUGCCCUCUUUACCAUCCUAUUCUCCCGAGCCGAGAUGCUCAAGCACAUUGCUGCAGUUCCUGUACCAGAGGGACAACCCGCACCCAUGGUGCCAUCGCAAGCCGAACUGGAUCAGUGGAACCUCGCCUCUGCAAACCUCCUUCGCAACCUCAUUCCCAAACUCCCCUCGGUCUUCCCUUCGACCCAAGCCCAAGCCGCCGCCUUUGGGCCAGGUAUCUACCUCUUGGGCGGAAACGGCCAAAACGCCGCGAGCGAGAUCGGAAGCAAGGACGAAAAGGAAGGGAUGCAGAUGGACCUCAAGGACGGGGAGGUCUGGGGAUUGAUCGCUUCGUUCGGGUUGCAAGCUCCGCCUGAUGAGCAGACUUUGCUCGUCAGCAGCCUGAGGGACAAGAUCUUGCACACCGUGCACUCUGCUAAGAAGGGAUGGGUCUCGACCCCUCGAGGAGAACUGCGUCUGAGAAAUGUGAACCUGUUCUUGAACGGAUUGGGCUUGUCUGCCGACAUGAUUGACUGAGAGGCAAACUGAGAUGGCCAAGGCAAAAAACGAGCAAAUAGCUGGAACGAUGUAAACUGUAUACAACGAAAUAUGAUGAAUACAAGACCUGAACUGGCUUAUGUAAUCACCUUCGGAUACGGUUAUCGACGAGUCUCACCUUCCACGUUGACACUUCCCC